AUGUCAUCUAACCAUCCUGUGUUCAAUAUCUCGAAGUCUACUCCUACGACUUCGACUUCAAACGAGAACACAGUAUCAGGGAACAAUACUCCUGGACCCUCAGAUGUCAACGGGGGCUCACCAUUGAUCAAAAACAUUCUAACUAGAGGUGCUCCAAGUGCAAAAGGAAGCAAUUCUGUCGAGACAUCAUCGAGCAACACUCCAAUCUUUGCACCGACUAACCCGGUAGCAAUCUCCAGUGUCUCUCCUACAUUUGUGACUUCUGAAUUCGAUUCGGGGAAAGUUGAGGGCAAGCCAGACUUAAUUGGACUCUUUGAUAAGUUUGAUAUAAAUAAAUCGGAAACCAAGUUGGACGAUGUCCAGAGCGUAGAAAACGCAUUGGGAUCAGAUGACGAAGAAGUUAAAAACGAAAAGGGUGGAAACGGAAAUCAUGGAGAUGGCACCGGCACAGAGGCUGGCUCAAGUGAAAAGGCUGCCGAAAACGAUCAUGACAAGGAGAAGUAUGACGAGGAUGUGGAGGAUUUGGAGCAUCAGCGUAGAAUAGAUGCAGCCCUCGGGAAUUUGGAGAUGGAAGAUGUUCGAGAUAUUGUACAAGAAGCGGAGAGUCUAGAGGAACAAGACAAUAAGCUGGAACACCAAGAGAUAGACCAGCAGCGUACUCCUGAGCAACAACCUGAUGCAGAGCAACCGUCUGAGAUAGAGCAGGAACAGGAAUCAGAGGAGACAGACUCAAAGAAAGACCAAAGUGAUCGACUGGGAGCUACAGAUCUCGAAACCCCUUCAAAUGAGGAAGAAUUUACUUCUUUAAAUGACGAAGGAGCUAAGGAAAUACCUAGUAAUGAUCCAACUGACAGUGCAUCCACUUCUAGAGAACCCCUUUCUCUGAGCCAUAAUGGACCUGAGAAAAGGGAACGUGCAGGCGUGGCCAGUCUUCCAGUAGCAUCCACCGCUUCUACUUCGAAUCAAGGGAGACCAGUUCCUAAAAGGGCACUUUCCAAAAUUGACCCUGUGGAGCAAUAUCAGCAAUCUCACAAGCCAUUUGAUUUCCAGAAUUUUCUCGUUCAAUUGAAGAAAAAGAGUGCCGAACCAAUCGUAAGAUACAUACGAUCUCUCUUGGUUUCAUUCUCUCGUCAAGCGCAUACCUUUACAUAUAAGCAGAAGAUCAAGAUUAUCACUGACUUCAAAAUAUUCAUAAGUGAGAAGUACCUUCUUUACGAGCCAUUUGCAUCAAUGGAUGACAUAGAUUUGGAAAAUUCAAGAGAAGGUUUAGAAAAGCUAGUAAUGAAUAGGUUGUACGAAUUUUGUUUCCCACCUGCCAUCGCUAAACUAGCUUUAAGUAAUGGUCAAAAGGUUUCCAGAGAUUUGGUUAAAGACGAUUUAAUACAGGAUGAUGCUUUCAAUCAGUCAGUGGAAAAAUUCAGCUGGGUCAAUGGGAUUCAUCUCGAUGUAGAUUUGGAUGACUUGCAUUUACAAAAAGGUACCAAUGGUUUGAAUUUCAUUGAAUAUGCUGUCGUGGAAUUGAACAAGAUAAACAAUUAUAGGGCUCCCAGAGACAAGAUUAUAUGUGUACUCAACCUGUGCAAGAUAAUUUUUGGAUGGUUGAAAGUAAGCAAACAAGAGACAAAUGCCGACUCUUUUGUACCAAUUUUGAUCCUAGUAAUAAUAAAGGCCAAAACGGCUAACCUUGUGAGCAAUAUGCACUAUAUUGAAAAUUAUAGAGGCGAAGAAUGGCUUUCUCAUGGAGAAACUAGUUAUUAUUUAUCUUCUCUACAAGGUGCAAUUGGUUUCAUUCAAAACUUGAGCUUUGAUGACUUGACAAUUAGUGAAGAUGAAUACAAUGCACAUAUAGAAGCUUGGGAAGCUCUGCAGAAGCAAAUAGCAAGAGAACGGGAAAGAGAAGUAAAAUCACAUCAAGACUUGAUUGAUCUUUCAGAAUCUUCGUCUGCCUCUGAGUCUACGAGACCAGUUUCCAUACAUCAACCCCAACCCUUACAUGCAAGUGAGGAAGGCCCCACGAGUUUGUCGCCUUCAAAUGUUUUGUUGAAUAGUGCUGGAAUUGUAAGUAAGUCAAUUGCAAACUUUUUAUCGCCUUCUCCACAGCCUGAGGCCCAAUCGGUCUCUCAUACACCAGCAAAUAACAACCCCACAGUACAUACCUCGAUUCAAAAUUCCCCAGGUGUCAUACAGGACACUCCAACUACAAGAGAGGCUUUUGACACUCUUUUACAAAUGUUUCCAAAUAUUGACAAGGCAAUUCUACAAGAUUUGGUUUAUAUCAAGCACGGGAAUAUAGAUGAAUGUGUUGAUACUUGCUUAGAGUUGGUUGCUGAAACAUGA